AUGUGUCACUGGAACUUUAAUCCCCCUAGUGCUCCCCACUUCGGAGGACUUUGGGAAGCUGCGGUAAAGUCUACCAAAUCAUUACUGAUAAGAUCGUUGGGGGCGCAGACUUGGACAUUGGAGGAGUUUUCUACAAUCCUGUGUCGGGUUGAAGCUGCACUGAACUCCAGGCCGUUAACGCCUGUCUCUCCAGAUCCGGAGGACUUGGACUGUUUAACUCCAGGUCAUUUCCUAAUCGGUAAACCAUUGAUGUCAGUUCCUGAGGAAGAACUUAAUGAAAAGCCUGUCAACUUACAGCGACGUUGGAAGCUCCUUCAACAAACCUUUCAAUCAUUUUGGCGAAGAUGGUCGUUGGAAUAUCUGAACAUCUUACAGACUAGGAGUCGCUGGUUGUCAAGCCAAGAGAAUGUUAAGGUUGGAGACAUGGUGGUUAUAAAAGAUAACCUUGCACCGCCACUACUUUAG